CUUCUAUCGUCCCGCUAGUUGAGCAACUUUGGUGAAAGCAGUGUAUUUUUGUUGACCUAAGUGCAAAACCUAGUUGAGGAUUUCAUUGACACUAUAUAUUUCUUCGCUUCACUUAUCAAUGGCUUUCGCAUUAGGGUUUUCAAGGGUUUGAGUAAAUAUGGUGAAGGAGCGUGAAGGACAGCGUAUAAGGCUCUAUGUACGAGGAGUCAUUCUUGGGUAUAAAAGGUCCAAAUCAAAUCAAUACCCAAACACAUCUCUCAUACAAAUUGAGGGAGUAAACACACGAGAGGAAGUAGAAUGGUAUCAAGGUAAAAGAAUGGCCUAUGUCUACAAGGCCAAAACAAAGAAAAAUGGAACCUUUUUCAGGUCCAUUUGGGGGAAAGUAACUAGACCACACGGCAACAGUGGCAUUGUGAGGGCGAAGUUCAAGAAGAAUUUACCUCCAAAGUCAAUGGGAGGACGUGUUAGGGUUUUUAUGUACCCAAGUAACAUAUAAGUGUUCUGUCACCGUUCAUUCUACAAAAGAUUAUGACUAUCAUCCUUUACAUCCAUUUUAGAGUAGGAAGAUCAAAUUGGUGGAGAAGAUUCAAUGUAAAAUGAAACUUCAGAAAUUUAUUUUGUUACAUCUUUUAUGCCUGCUUCCUUGUAUGGAAGAAUGGCAUGGAACUUGACCGAAUUUUGAAGUUGGCCAAGAUCCAAUUGUGUUGUUUUGUGGGCAAUACAAUUCAAUAGUCAACGGGAUGGUUCAUUUUA